CUGGUGCUCAGCAUUCGCUACGUGCGGACGCUGCCCGGCGAGCGCUUCCUGCCCAGCACCGCCGUCGUGUUGGCCGAAGCCAUGAAGGGCUGCGCCUGCGUCCUCCUGCUGCUCGUCCAGCAUCGCGGCAGCGUCCGUCAGACGGCGGUGACGCUGCACGGCGCGGUGCUGGCUCAGCCCGGCGAUGCGCUGCGCCUGGCGGUGCCGUCCCUCAUCUACACCCUGCAGAACAACCUGCAGUACGUCGCCAUCUCCAACCUCCCUGCUGCCACCUUCCAG